UAUUCCGCCUAACUUGACAGGUCUCUUAGCUGCUACAAGAACUGAGAGAAAUGGCCGAUGCUAUAGCUGACACAAGAAGGCUCUACACCAAGCCUCAGAACUUAAACGACGCGUAUGGACCUCCAAGUAAUUUUCUAGAGAUUGAUGUGAGCAACCCGCAGACUAUCGGGGUUGGCAGAGGCAGGUUUACAACGUACGAAGUCAGAUUGAAGACCAACCUACCCAUCUUCAAGCUGAAGGAGUCUUCUGUUCGGAGGCGGUACAGUGACUUCGAGUGGCUCAGAUCCGAGCUGGAGAGGGAAAGCAAAGUGGUCGUUCCGCCUCUCCCGGGAAAAGCUCUUUUCCGUCAGCUUCCGUUCAGAGGAGACGACGGCAUAUUUGAUGACUCUUUCAUCGAGGAGCGGAGGCAGGGUCUGGAGCAGUUUCUCAACAAAGUGGCCGGUCACCCUUUAGCUCAGAACGAACGCUGCCUGCACAUGUUUCUACAAGACGAGUCUGUGGACAAGAACUACACCCCAUCCAAAAUCAGGCAAGCCUGAGGACGACAGAAUACAGCAUGGCUCUACUCGACCCAAAGCUCACCUCACUGCUCCAGGACCCUCUCGAUAAAAGAAAAAAUCGUUCUUUCUCACGGCCCCUGAAAUAUUCAGAUGAUGUAUUUUAGUUUGAUUACUAACCCUGAUUGAUGUUUGUUUUCACUCUCUUUGAGUCGUGAAUGUUCGGCACACACCGGUCUAAAGUGAUUUAUGGUUGUUUCUGUCUGGAAAUGCCACUAACACAGAUAUAUAUAAAUAUGUAUUUAUCAUUUAGCAUCGUCUUGAAUGUCUCUGUUCCUCGUUUAUUGAACCGUUUUCCGUAUAAAAAGCUUUUGUAACGAGCCACAGCAUCCGGCAUGUUGCUUAUCUUAACAACCAAACACACAUCUGAUGAGCCUUGACCUGCAAACCACACAUUGUUGAUCUUUGUCUUUAAACAGAAGCGUGCGUGCGUGUGUGUGCGCGUGCGUGUGUCUCAACCAGCACCUGCCCAAUUGUCACAAUGUUUUCUAGUGAGUAAUUUACACCGAGGGAACUGCAGUAUUUCUACUGGCUUUAUGCAUUUUGAGAUUUGUAUACUGCUGUGCCAUUUUUGUUUAUUUUGAAGAUUUUCCAAUAAAACUCUUUAAAUAUU